AUGGGUGAAUCUGCAGAGAAAGUAAUUUCAAAUUCACUCAUUAUCAUCAGCAUAGGAAGCAAUGGCAUUUUCGACUAUCUGCUCUACAAUGAUACCCACAAUGUGGAAUACUUCAUAACCACUGUCAUGCAAAGUUACCAUUAUCAUCUAACGAAUCUACUAAAUCCGGGGGCUAGAAAAUUUGGUAUUGUAAGUGUUUCACCAAUCGGGUGCAUUCCACGAUACAGGGUCCAAAAUCCUACGGGAGAGUGCAUUGAAGAACGAAACUUGUAUGCUCAAAAGUUCUCUAUAGAACUUGAAGGCAUAAUGCAGAAGCUGAGCGCGGAGUUCGAAGGGAUGAAGUAUUCCCUGGGAAAUUCAUAUGAAGUGACUUCUUAUAUCAUUGACAAUCAUCUUGCAUAUGGUUUCAAGGAUGCUAUAACUGCUUGUUGUGGAUUAGGAAAAAUUGGCGCAGAAUCACCAUGUCUACCAAAUGUGACUGUUGAGUUGGGAUUGAAAGAUGCUGGGACCAAAAAUUUAUGUUGA